GGUGGUGUUUAAAAAUGGCUUCUGAACGGAGCUUCUGUUGAGUGUCAGCUGGUCUAGAUCUGCAUUCUCACACCAAUGUCUCCAUCUUCUUCCACAGGCCUGCACUUACACCAGAGGCCAAGCAAACUCUCUGUUCCCUUGGCUCCUAAGGAAGGCUCUGCCUUCCACCUGGAGGAAGUGGAAGAGGAGAAUGAAGAGGAAGAUGUGUGUUCCAAUCAGGCCCCAGAUGUGGAGGCGGAAGGGGCUGAUCUUGGGGAUCCAGCCAUACUGAGUGCCAUCCAAAAUAUCCCAGUACCACGGCAGAGAGGGCUGCACGGUUCUCCUGGAGCCAAGGCCCCUGGUGCCCUGGAGAUGUCACCAGCCUCCUUGCAUUUUCUGUGGCAGCCUGCGUUUCCAAGAGCCAGCUCUCCAGCCUGCCACUUUGGACCUCGACAGCCUUCACCUGAUCCUUUUCUGUUCUACAACCCACUGACUGCGUGGCCCCCUAAACUCAGCCUUCCCAGUCAUCUGACCCAGCUCCACCCUCAGCACCAACAGAUCCUACUGCGGCAGCAGAGUCAAACCGUGAGUCUCCUAGCCAAGAAGCCUUGGUCUCUGAAGCCAGACGCCUAUGCUAACCUCAUGACCCGAAAAGAGAAGGACUGGGUGAUAAAAGUACAGAUGGUUCAGCUGCAGAGUGAGAACCCCCGCCUGGAUGAUUAUUACUACCAGGAGUACUAUCAGAAGCUAGAGAAGAGACAGGCAGACAGAGACCUGCUUGGACAGAGGAAGAGGGCUGAGUCUCUCAAGUUGGUCACACCUUACAUCCAGAAGGCAGAAGUGUAUGAGUCAGUGGUACGAAUUGAGGGUUCCCUGGGCCAGGUAGCUGUAUCAACAUGUUUUAGCCCUCGCCGAGCUAUUGAUGCUGUUUCUCAUGGAACUCAAGAGCAGGAUACAGGAGCUGCAAGCAGUCAGAGGCUCCGAGUAUUAUCCCUGAUUGAGAAGAUGUUCCUCCAGUUACUAGAGAUAGAGGAGGGCCAGAAUGAUGGGUUUCCACAACUCUGCCACUCGGGGGAACAGAGCAACCAGGUUGAGAAGCUCUUUCAGGCCUUAAAGACCCAGGAGCAGAACAACCUGGAGGAGACAGCAGAUAGCCUCCUGCAGGUGCUGUCGGUGAGGAAAGGGAAGAUUUUGGUGGCUCGGCUGCUCCCCUUCUUGCCCCGUGAUCAAGCUGUCAGCCUUCUCCUGUAUAUCACCUACCACCUGCCCCUCCUGAUCCUGAAGGACAUGCCUGACCAGGCUCUACACAUACUGUUCAAACCUCUGGGAAAAUACAUCAGUCAUUUGACCUUCCGUCAACUCCUCCAUGGACUGCAAGGUCUAAUGUUGCUACCGCCUGGCUCCUCAGAGCGGCCGAUCUCUGUGGUACUUCAGAAUCAGUUCGGGAUAUCUCUGCUUUAUGCCCUGCUGAGUCAUGGAGAGCAGCUGGUAUCCCUGGAUUCUUCCCUUCAAUCCAGCAGUGACUGUGCAGCUUGGACAGACUUGGUGAUUCUGGUUGCCUGGGAGAUAUCUCAGUUGCCCACAGCAUCCCUGGCAGAACCCCUAGCCUUCCCCAGGAACCUGCUUCCCUCUUCUGCCAUCACAUGGACAAACAAUUAG